GGAACUUCCAUACUGCUUUCUACAAUGGUUGAACUAAUUUACAUUCCCACCAGCAGUAUAGGAGGGUUCCCCUUUCUCCACAACCUAUUCUCAUGCUGUGCAGCACACAGGACAAAGAACCCUGUAUGGAAAGAACCUCCUUCAUGAGUGAACUCCUAGUUCUAGUGACAGCUAUUCUGGCAAGCAUACUUGGGGGCCCUUAAUCUUCUGUUUACCUCUCUCCAGCCCCCACCCCCUUAUUGGUUUUCUGUCCUUUCCCUUCUUCCCCCUAAGCUUCUUUUGCCUUUUGCCUUUUUUGCAUAGCUCUAUUAUAACACUUAUCAGGCUGUAUUGUAAUUGGUUUUAUAUCCACUAGUCUUUUCCAGUAGCCUGUGAGCUUGGGUGACUAGCUAUAUGUGUCUGUUUCAUCUCAGUGGUGUCCAGUGCAUAGCUGAGGGAUCACUGCUGAGCAGGUGAUCUAGCAGGUGAAAUCACUACCUGCUGGUUUCCUGAAUGAAUGGAGGAGCAAAUGAGAGGGGGAGGCAUGAACAGGAUCCCUACCUGCUGCUCUCUUGGAUUUUUGGCUUAGGCAAGACGGAUGUCUUCUCUGGAUCUCCAGUGCCUCCCUGCAAAGUGAGAGGAUCAAAGUGAUGGGCUUCUAAAGUAACUUUUGGCUUUAUCUUUCUUUGGUUUCUUUUUUUAAUGUAUUUGCUCAGUUGUCAAAAUUAUAGUUUUUCAAUAAUAAUAGCUUCAAUUUAUGUCCCUCUCAAGUAUAUUUGCAUUUAAUAGGAUAAGGUGUGCUCUCCUCCACUCCACAACCUAAACUAAUGGGGUCUAAAUUAAUGAAGUUUUGUUUUGUAAAGUUCCUGAAGUAUUGGUGGCUCAGUGGUAACAAAGUAUAUUCUAUGUAUUUGUGACAAAUCUCUAAAGAACCUUGUUUGUGGCUUUGCCUAAUCUGGCUGUCCUCUCUCUCUCUCUUCCUUUCAGCUGGAAAUAACUGGCCAGCCUUCACUCAGUGCCUUGGUAGCCCCAUCCCCUGCUCUGACCAUGGAGACUCUCAGCUGAUGCCAAACUGCCUCCCUCUCUGAGCUGGUGUCCAGUGGUUACCUGGCUCAGGUCUUCUCAGGCCACCCAUAGGUAGAAGACCUGGCUAGGGAGGUGGGGCUGCAGGAGUCUGAGCGAUAUGAACAGGGUGACUUGAAUCCCAGGGAAGAGAAUGGUCAGAACAAGAAGAAAACCAAAGUCAAGAAGAUCUGGAAUUUUGUGAACCACAGAAAAGGGGCUUCUAGUCAGUGAGAGCGACCCCAGUCCAUGAUUUUGCUGGGAGAUACCUACAAGUCAUCAGAAUUGAAACCUAAAGUCACAUUAAUGGAUAGAAUGAAGUCAUUCAAGAGGUGGAAGCCUUCAACUGGGAACUACAAGAAUACUCCCCCUAGGAGCAGAAAGUCCCUGAAACCCCAGAAGACCCCAGGUAUCUACCAGAUGAAGAAAUUGGAGGAAGCCCAGAAGCCUUUCUGCCAUUCUUAUGCAGGCCACUUUGAAGGCCUGGACCCCUUCUUUGUAAAUGUGCAGAGGCUAGUGUACACUCCCAAGAGGGUGAAUUAGAAAGAUAUGGCCUUUGAAGAUUUUGGCAUCCAAAUGGAGGAAGACCCCUUGGAGAAAGAGGACUAUGAGCAACCCAGUAGUGGCAGGCAGGCAAAAAUCUACCUGAAAAGCAUGUUCCAUGGGUACUAUGAGGUACCCCACACAAGAGCCGGAGACUCUGCAAUCCAGGAGUUUGAGGGUUCCACCUUGGAAGAGAAAGUGAAAGGGGGCUAUGAGGAGAGCCCUGGGAACCUGCGCAGAGACAAGGCCACACCUUUCAGUGGUGUUGUUAAGUUCUUCAGCAACAUGACUGAUGUGGCCCACAAAUGGCGGGCAUUAUCCCAGGAGGAGCCACAGAUAGGUCACCACAGGGAGACCUUCUCUGUUGGUAGAAGAAAGGGUUUCAUUCUGGAGAGUCCUUCCUCUGGAGCCUCCUCACUUCACCUGCCUUGUAGGCCUUCUGAGACUGUGCUAUGGGGCAGUGCCAUUGGGAGGUGCCAGUGCCACCACCCCAAGGCCUUGCAGGCCACCUGUUCCUUUGAAAUGAGCAUUGAGGGUGAGAAGAUGCCAGGCCAGGCACUUGCAGGUCCAUGUACCAUUGUUGACUUGGCUUCAACAACCUCAACUGUCUUAGAGUUCCAGGAUGACCCAAUGCCACAGAACUGAUGCAGCUGCCAGUACUGCCAUGCCUCAACAGGGAGCCCUCCUUUUCUCAGGAGCUUGAUGAAGUCACUGAGACUGUGGUCAGCUUCCUCAAGGAAGAUGACAGUGCAGGACAGUCUCCCAAACUGGGCACUUGUGUUAGGAGGGUCACCACUGAAGCUAUCAUGUUGAAGCUAAAGGAGAAGCCCAGCAAGAUGGAGAAGCAGGAGAGAGUCAGGGGCCCCCAGGGGUCCAGCCAGGAAGGGAAGCCCCAGGACUCUUAUUUGGGUGUAGGUACAGUAAGCUCAGAAAGUGAAGCCAGCAAGGCCUACACUGGAGUACCCCCUACUCAGAUGAUGGGGAAACUGAGUCCCAGAGAAGAGGAAGGAUUUCCCCUUACACACAGAAAAUGGAAGGUGUUCUUUCUUCCAUCUGAAACAUCACCAAGGACUCCACCCCUAAAAAUUCUGGAAAAAUGCCACUCUCUGCCUGUCUCACAGAGCAUCUCUAUGGAGUUGGAUCAAGUGGGCUGGAGGAGACCCAGGAAGUUUUGCACAGCUGUGGAACUGAAGACAUCAAAAAGGGUCACAUGGCAAGGAGGGGGCCAGACUGAAAAUUAGAAGGUGCCUUUGCCAUCUUUUCUCCUUGCAAGAAUCCAAGGAUGAGGAGAUGCAUCACCGGAAAUGGGCUUUCCCAAGGACUAGAAGGAGCAGGUAGUGAAAUGCCCCCAGACAGAAUCUAAGGCCUAGUAAACCUAACAGCACUGACACAGAGAAUGUCAAGGGAAAGGAACUGCCUGCAGCUUAAGACCAUGGGCCCUGGAAUCUGAAAGGCAGAACUAUUCAGAAUGGGAUAGAUGCUGUCCUGAUAGACAUCUAAGAUCAGAGGAAGUUAGAAGAGGUGACAUUUGAAAAUUUAACAUAUGUGGAAGCCAUAGCCAGAGGGGUCACGCAGCUUGCCUAGAGUUGGACAAAUAG